GGUGGAUACAAACCGGAAGUGUGCUGACGUCGUCGCGCUCUGUGAGCAGUCAAAGGCGAAGCGCGCGAGGAACAGGAGGAGUGACUGGAGAUGUCGAAGAGAAAGAGCAGUAAUUCAGGGCAGACACCUGAUAAGAGAAGCCGGUUGUCUCAACCCGAGCUCUCUGAAGAGGAUGAAACGGGCUACUUCAGUUCAGGAGACGGCUUGAACACAUCAGAGAGUGUCACAGGUGAAGUGGGCAUCAUAGAGAGUAUCUCUCUAAGGAACUUCAUGUGUCACUCGAUGCUUGGUCCCUUUGCGUUUGGUCCAAACGUCAACUUUAUCGUAGGAAACAAUGGAAGUGGAAAAAGUGCCGUGCUGACAGCUUUGAUAGUAGCCCUGGGCGUUAAAGAUCACACCACAAACAGAGGUUCCUUUAUCAAAGGAUUUGUGAAGGAAGGACAGAGUUCUGCAGAUGUGUCCAUCACUCUGAGGAACAGGGGUCGUGAUGCAUAUAAGCCAGAAGUGUUUGGCCAGUCCAUCAUCGUAGAUCUUCAUAUUUCCAGCGAGGGAAUGAAGACAUAUGAACUAAGAAGUAAAGCAGGUUGCUUAGUGUCAUGUCAAAAGGAAGAACUGAUCUCCAUUUUGGAUCACUUUAACAUCCAGGUGGACAAUCCGGUCUCUAUCCUAACUCAGGAAAUGAGUGAACACUUCCUCCACUCCAGCGGAGAGGGUGACAAAUAUAAAUUUUUCAUGAAGGCCACCCAGCUUGAUCAGAUGAAAGAGGAUUACAGCUACAUCAUGAAGACCAAGACCAUGACUCAGAAUACAGUGGAGAAGCACAGGGAGACUCUACAAGAGCUGAAGAGAAAGUACCAUGAGAAAGAAGAGCGCUAUAAAAGUCUGGCUUCACUUGAUGAAAUGCAGAAGAAGUUGGAUGAGCUGAAGAAUCUGAUGGCCUGGGCUCUGGUGGCAGAGGUGGAGCAGGAGAUGAAGCCAAUGAGAGAACGAAUCACAGCUGAAGAGAGGUCAACUGUCAAAUAUGACCAGAAGGUGGAAGAGUGGGAGGGGAAAGUUCAGGAGGCCUACAGGAUAUGGGGACAGUUGCUGGAUCAGCUGGGGGGGGUGACGCAGCGGAUGCAGCAGCUGCAGCCACAGUGCGAUGAACUGAAGAGCCGAGCACAAGCGUGCAACCGAGAUCUCAAAGCCGCUGAGGCUAAUCUUCAUCUUAAAAAGACUAACUUGAGAGACCUUGAAAAGGAUAAAGAUCAGCUUAACAAGCGGAUCCAAAAACUCAAACACAGCAUAAGUCAGACGAACUCAGCUUACACUCAUGCUCGUGUGGAGAAGAUGAAUCACAUUCAGGCUGAACUGGAACAACUACUGGGUCAUACGAGUUUUUUUUUCUUUUUUCUUCGCAGAGCCUGUGAAGACGUCAAGAAAGCCCAGGAAUGCUUUCGGAAGCUUCAAGCUGAGCUGACAGAAUUGCUAAAUGUUGAGGAACCUCAGUCAGAAGACUUGAAACCUUUGGAAGAGGAACUGGAGGAGCUCAGCAGCCGAAUAAGUGCCUGUCGAGAGGAAUUUGAAGCUGCAAGGAAUCAGAUGCUGACACACAAGUGGGAAUAUGAGGAGGCUGAGCAGCUCUCCCGGCAGCAGAGGGAAGCUUUUAACAGCAUUGCAGAGGAAACUGAGCCCAUUAAGGAGCAAUUGAGCAACAAUGAUCAGGAGUUGGCGUGGAGUAAACAUCUUAAAAAACACUAUGAAGAGAAGCGGAAAGCCCAUGUGGACAAGAUUGAGACUCUAAAAAAGAAACUGAAAGACAAGGACCAGGUGUUACAGGCUUCCAUAGCGAAAGCCUCAGAAAUCUGCCCCGAGCGCCUGGAUGUAAGGAGAACAGCGAAGAGUUUGGAAAGUGAGAUUAGCCACCUCAAACACAAGAUCUAUACACAGCAGGACCAGCAAGGGCAGAGAGACACUAUUGUCAGGCAGUUUCAUGAGGCGAAGGAAAACUUCAAUAACAUGACCCAACAGGUGAAUAGUCUGGAGGCUAUCAUCCGCCAGUUAACUGAGAUCAUAAACACCAGACACUACGUCUAUGCUGAACUGAGAAUGUAUCUUUCUGUACGCUGUAAGUACUACUUUGACUCCAUGGCGUCUCGGAGAGGAUACCUCGGGAAUAUGACCUUUGACCAUAAGAAUGAGACUCUCUCCAUAUCAGUUCAGCCAAGAGAGAGUUAUAAUGCUGAUCUGAGGCACAUGCAUUUUCUGUCUAGUGGAGAGCAUUGUUCUACCGUGUGCUUCAUCCUGUCACUGUGGGCCAUAACUGAUGCUCCGUUCCGUGCUUUAGAUGUGUUUGAUGUAUAUAUGGAUAUGGUAAACCGGAGGAUCUCCAUGGACAUGAUGCUGAAGAUUGCUGCCAGUCAGCGCUACAGACAUUUUAUUUUCCUCACACCACAGAGCAUGAGUUCUCUGCCAGCCAAUAGCCUGAUCCGCAUCCUCCGUCUGAGUGACCCUGACCGCAGCCAGUCUGCUCUUCCCUUUGGUCAGAGGAACCCAGAAUAAUGCUGCUAUCCUUCAAACGUCAUCUUGUGUAUCAGGCAAAUCAAGUCAAAUCAGGCAAAGUACUUCCAGCUGACAUGUGCACAAGUUUACAGGAUUUUUUUUUCUAAGAUCAUUUA